GCUUCCCAAGAGGGGAUUCGUGAGAAUUUAAUGCUGAAUAUACUGAAAAGCUAAAAUAAAUUGAAAAGUCUCCGACUGUUGAUUGACCUUGUCCGUGGCGUGAGCGCAAAAAUCUCACUGGCGCGUGUUAAGAAACCGAUGAGUUCCUUGGGUGUCUCUCUCAAGUGGGAUUACCGGUGAUUUCGGUGGGCCUGUGUUGUGGCUUUAUUAAAAGCUCCCUGUCUUGAUGCUCUGGUCAGUCUCUCUCAGUCGCGGUGAUAUCAUUGUCAACAGAAGAUCGUGCAGUAGACAACGAAAUAAAAUCCUCUCAUCCAUUCAUUUAUUUGUUCCAACAAAGGUUGUAUUCAAUAGAUUUUACACUUAAUCAGAGUGCAAGGAUUUUCUUUUGCAUUGUGAAAAGGAUACCAGUGAAGUGAUGAAGUUUCUGAUACUUUCGGUUUUUCUGCUUCAUUUUUCGGGCCAUAUCAAUGGUCAAGGUGAAGAAUGCGUCACAGCGGAUAGAACGCGCGGUGUUUGCCAAGUAUUGCCAAAUUGUCCUACACUAAUCCAACUCUAUAGCGCCAACCGAGGGAAUCCCCUCAUCAUAAACUAUCUCAUAACAUCACAGAAAAAUUGCGGCAACAGGAAUCUCAAUCGGAAUCCUGUUGUCUGCUGUGGCACCAACAAUGCACAACCACCCCAACCAACCACACAACCCCCACCGCCACCACCACCAACCACUCAAGCACCUCGCACAACCCAAAGAAAUCCUCUUACAGAUUCCAACUGCAAGGAUCCUGCUGGAAAUUCUGGAGUGUGUGUCAAUAUAAAAGAAUGCCAGCCGGUGCUCAAUGACUUCUUGGCUAGACAGAAUGACCCCAACUAUGUGCGGUAUAUACAGCAAUCCAACGCCAAUUGUAACUACGUACAGCCCAAUAUUUGUUGUCCAAAAUCCAUGAUGACUGUAACAACAGCUCCUCCAGUUGUUCCAACAUCACCUACUUCUCGACCAAUUCAACCCUCAGGUCCAAUUCAUCUUCUAACACCUGAAGAAGGAUGUGGAUUUUCAAAUAAAACCCACAAUCGCGUGGUUGGAGGUGUUGAUGCUGAAUUGGGCGGUUGGCCGUGGAUGGCCCUAUUGGGUUAUAAGAACAAUUUGGGUGAAAUUGGCUUCAAAUGCGGAGGAUCCAUUAUUACACGACGUCAUGUCCUUACAGCGGCGCACUGCAUGCGUCCAACUCUCUCAGUUGCUCGUCUUGGGGAGCACAAUCUCGACAUAGACACUGAAACAAAGCAUUAUGAUAUUCCCAUUGAGAAGACAGUGAAACAUCCUCAAUAUGAUCCAAAGGAUGGAAAUAGUGAUGUGGCUGUUGUUACGCUGCAAAGUGAUAUUCCCUUCACAGACACUAUUCGUCCUGUUUGUAUCCCCAUUGAGCCACCGGUAUUGACGCGAAACUUCGAAGGAUACUCUCCAUUUGUAGCUGGAUGGGGACGUACACAGGAGGGUGGAAAAUCUGCAUCCAUCCUGCAAGAGUUGCAGCUACCAAUUUUGAAAAACGAGGAAUGCAUGGAAAAGUAUCGAGAUGUGAGGAAGCUUAUAAGUGACAAACAAUUCAAUGAUGCUGUUCUAUGUGCAGGAUUCCUACAAGGGGGCAAGGAUUCGUGCCAAGGCGACAGUGGUGGACCACUGAUGAUCCCUGUAAGGGUUGGAGGAUCCUUCAUCUACUAUCAGAUUGGUAUUGUUUCAUACGGCAUUGGUUGUGCCCGUGCAAGUAUUCCAGGAGUCUACACACGUGUCCAGACUUUCUCAGACUGGAUUAGGGAACAAGUCUCUAAUAGUGUUUAAGAAUAAAAAAAAAACUCUCAUUUUAUAAAAGUUUAUAAUCAUAACUCUGAGACACUCAAUUAUACGCUUUUGUAUUUUUUUACAGUCUGGAAAUUAAAUUGAUUUAUUAAGUCAGACGAGUGAGAGAUAGUA